AAGAGAAGGAACAAUAACCUUUGUCUAGAUGGUUAUAACCUACGAAGCAUAAAAGCCGCCGGAAUUCUCCAAAGAAAAAGAAAGCCCUUGUUUUGAGUGUAAAGCGAAGGCAUGGGGUUGACGAAUUUCGUGCUGACCGUGGCGGGUGUAAGCGCCGUUGUGCUUCUCCUCAGGAGUGACGUCAAGCAAUCUGCCUCCAUCUUCCGCCGCAACGUCAAGCACAUUCGUAACUGGCUUGAAGAAGAAUCUGCCGCCUCUUCCAAGUCAAUGGAGAAGUGCACUCCCAAAGAACUUGAUUCAAAGGUUCCUCCUAAAGACAUUCAUAAGGAGGACAAACAUUAAUGUUUAUGCAGGUGAUGCGGAUGUUACUGCAGUAAUUGUGUUUUUGUGUUUCUUACUGUCUUUUAAUGGAUACAUGUUUUUGAGUCUUUACUACAUAUUACUCUUGUAUAGUUGGAAAUAAUAUGGCAUGAUAAUUUUGCUUAUUCCUCAUUCCAAUUGGCUGUAAGUUCUUCGAAUUUAAGAUGUUGACUUUGGAUUGCAAGUCAUUUUACCACACUGUAAGGUGAUCUGUAUUUUAACCGAAACUUAGAGAUAGUUUUAGGGGAAAAAUAACUCAGACAUAAAUCUAAAUUUACUCU